AUGGCAGACCUAGUCGAACGAACCGUGGCCUACAUUUUUCAAAACAGAAGAGGUCACGAUGCAGGUCUAUUCCACAAGACAUCUCCUUUCGCCAACCACCCCACUCCUACCAUUCCACUGGACUGCGAUAUCGGGCCCUCAGGAUCCCCGAUUCCAAAAGAAUACAGUGUCUUUGAUAAAGUCGUCUUCCCUACAUUAUCGUGGCCGGCUCAAUCGGACGUCACCGAAUAUCUUCUCGUCGUUGAGGACCCGGAUGCGCCGCUUGCGGAGCCUGUGGUGCAUGGGUUGUACUAUGGUAUUCCUCCAUGGAAGACGAGGGUGGUCGGUGAGGACUUUGAGGUCGUUGAGGGUGCGAUGAAGGGUGGGUUUAGGUAUGGGGUUAAUCGGAAGGGGACAGUUUAUAUGCCGCCUAGGGGGUUGUUGGGGCAUGGGCCGCAUCGGUAUUCUUUUCAGGUUGUGGCGCUUGGGGGGAAGGUCAAUGGGGAUGGAUUGGGUGCAAAGGGUUUGAACAAGGAGGAGAUUGUGAACAUGAUUGAAGGGAGGGUUUUGGGAUGGGGGAAGUGGGAGGGGAUUUGGGAGCGGACGGAAUGA